GACAAACUCAACACACGUCUGUCAUGUGUUUGUGGGGAUGGUAGCAAUUGUGCACCUUGUACCGGCUGUUACUGGCUGUCACAUGGGAUGUACGGUUGCUGUUUUUUUUAUGAUGUACUAUAUGUGAUAGUGUGAAGCAGGAAGGGUGGGAAACCCGAAAUGCUGUGUCGCCGCACGCAUAGACUUACUGGAGUCUUUAGUGAGCAUCAAAUUCCUCCUGAGUCCUGAUUCUAUGGAUUUCACCGAGUUACUUGUCGCUGUUGACGACAAAGCAUCUGCCGAAGAACAACCUCUCCCCGAAGCCCUUCGUUCCACGUCCCUUGUAAUGAGGGUACUCUGUUUUUUGGCAUUUGGAUGCCCCAAUCUUCAUGAUCAUUGGAAUUCGUUUCAAUCAGACCGAGCCUUCGAAACCGUUAGGACCAGAAUGUGCUCUAUCCUGGGCAGCACUAUCACCACGGCAAGCCUCCUCGCUAUCAGUAGUGUUUUCGUCAUUAUAGUCUUUCCUGCGUCAUACUUCGGCUAUACACCAUCCGUUCCCUAUUGUCUACUCUUUACAUCACUCAUGUUUGCCAUGUUUGCCAUGUUGACAUCUGGCUCGAGCAUGAUACGUUGGCUACACACCGAUCGGCACUGGACUCAAGAACACCUCAAACAAGGCGGCUACUUCGUCUGGUCCUACCUGUUGUCAAUAGUCACGCCUAUGUUCUUCAUUUUCUGGUCCCUGAAUUGUUUCGUUUUUGGUGUGUUGCUCUGUCAUUUGGUACUUUUCCUGGCCCUCAUGGAUUUCACCCCAGCGAUGUUGAUAGCAGGCUUUUCGUCUCAAAGUGUGAUCUGCCGAGCCGUCACUGCGCUUGGGCUGGUUGCAUACGUUGUCAACGUUGGGAAAAUAUCGAUAGAAGCUAUGUACAGGUAUAGGACAGGUCUUGAGCACGCCGAAUACCGCCAGUGAUGUACAGUUUCCAUGUGUUAGUUAGGAAGAAUAUACCGCCAAUCUGUCCAUUUCCCAGACGUUCUCAUGCUUACCCCUCACAGAUGAAUCGUCACGACCUAAGUAUCUCACUCAAUUCUUACUGGCGCACAUAACUUACAAC